AUGUCCAUUUUUGAUAUUUACUUUGUCAGUCCGCUCGUUCAUGGCAUGAGACAUUUCAGUACCCCCGAGAACCCACCUGCGAAGCGGUUAUUUUUGAUUGUUGGAGAUGGACUCCGAGCUGAUUCGUGCUUUUUGAAUAUUACACAUCCAGUCACAAAUGAGGCGGCCUAUCUGACUCCUUUUAUUCGUGACAAAGUUCUAAAUCAUGGCACUUUUGGCGUUUCUCACACCCGGAUGCCCACUGAAUCAAGGCCUGGUCAUGUCGCAAUUAUUGCAGGCUUUUAUGAAGACGUGAGCGCAGUUACAAAAGGAUGGAAAGAAAACCCUGUAGAUUUUGAUUCUGUUUUCAACCAGUCUAGACACACUUAUUCCUACGGAUCACCAGAUAUUCUUCCAAUGUUUGCAGAUGGUGCUUCGGAUCCCGACAGAGUAGAUGCAAUCAUGUAUGGACAUGAGUCUGAAGAUUUUACGAAAUCAUCUAUUGAAUUGGAUAAAUUUGUGUUUGAUCAUUUAGAUAGACUAUUUGAUGAGGCAAAAGUUAAUGCGGACUUGAACGAAUAUCUUCGUCAAGACAAGAUUGUUUUCUUCCUCCAUCUUCUUGGUAUCGAUACUGCUGGCCAUAGUUACCGACCCUACUCCCCUGAGUACUAUGAUAAUAUCAAGUAUAUUGACACGAAAAUUGCUGAACUCGAGACCAAAGUCAAUCAAUUUUAUGGCGAUGGCAAAACAACAUGGGUGUUUACUGCUGACCAUGGUAUGAGUGAUUUCGGUAGUCAUGGCGAUGGUCACCCAAACAAUACUCGCACUCCACUAGUUGCUUGGGGAGCAGGUGUUCCUAAACCAAUUACUACUGAUCUUAGUGGCCAUGACGAAUUUUCUAACCCUUGGAAUCUGCCUGUCAAAAGAAACGACGUGAACCAAGCUGAUAUUGCCCCUUUGAUGAGCUAUUUAGUUGGUCUUAAUUAUCCUGCCAAUUCUGUAGGUGAACUGCCAUUGGCAUUUGUAGACGCCUCCGAUAAGACCAAAAGUGAGGCUCUCAAAGCCAACGCAUACGCAAUCAUUGAACAGUACCUGGUAAAGGAAUCUGAAAAGCGGAAAUCGCAGUUAAACUUCACUCCAUUUGGCCCCCUUAGCGGCGAAACUAGCAUUGAAGCUCGCAAAGCUGAAAUUGAAGCUUUGAUAGCCAAUAAUCAAUUUGAGCAAUCUAUAAUCAAGGCUGAAGAAUUGAUGGUUCUGGGUCUAAAGGGUCUUCGCUAUUUACAAACAUAUAACUGGUUGUUUUUAAGAUCUCUGGUGACCACCGGUUUCUUAGGUUGGAUUGGAUACGCUACAACCUCUUUUUUCCACCUUUUUGUUAUCGACUCAAAUCCGUCUUUAUCUCAUAGAUCCGUCAUAAGAGUGAUAACGGUUGGUGUAUUGGCUAUUUUAUGUGGGCUAUUAUAUCACCAGGAAUCCCCUAUACACUUUUAUUUAUACGCAAUUUUCCCUGCAUUUUUCUGGGACCAAAUUUUUGAAAAUGCUGCUAUAUUGACUGGAGGUAUCAAAUCGUUAGUUUCAAGCUCGCCGACAAAGAAUAAAACUCAAACAUCCGUAUUUUCGCUAGUCUUCCUUGUAGGACUAUUUGAAGCCAUCGUAUAUGGGUACUUCUAUAGAGAGAUUUUUUCUCUUUGUUUUGGCAUUGCGGCCAUGUGGCCAUGGAUCCAGGAUUUCAAAAUCGCGCUCAAAAAUAUUUGGCUCAGUGCCUUUUGGGCUCUUCUCUGUAUUAUUUUGGCAAUUUUCACCAUUCUCCCGGUCCUAAAGGUCGAGAGUAUUGAACAAAUUGUUGCUGCUGGUGUUUUGAUGACUCUAAUUGGCUUGUACUAUACCGUUCACCUUGGAAACCGCCUAAGACUCUCCAUAACGUCGUUGGUUUUAUGUGGUGUUCAACUAGGUUUAAUAAUUUUGUCGGUCAUAGUGACCAGAUCAUCUGUAAAGUCUCUGCAGGCUCGUCAGGGUCUGCCUGUAGGCAAUCAAAUUGUUGGAUGGCUAGUUCUGGUUGGUUCCCUCAUUGUGCCAUUCUUGAAUUAUUUUUCCCCAGUUUCAGACUACCGUUAUCGACUUCUAACCUUAUUCAUGGCCUUCAGUCCUACUUUUGUCCUGCUUACUAUAUCAUAUGAGGGCUUGUUUUAUGUAUCAUUUUUCGCGAUUUUGGUCGUAUGGUUAGAAUUCGAGUCUCAGUUUUAUGUCAUCCACCCUCAGAGAAAGUUGAGUUUGAGCGAGUUCAGAACGGCGCUCUUCUUUUUCUUCUUGUCACAGGUCGGAUUUUUCGGCACUGGUAACGUUGCCUCCAUCUCAUCAUUUUCUUUGGAUUCUGUCUAUAGACUAAUUCCCAUUUUCGAUCCCUUUGCAAUGAGUGCACUACUGAUGUUCAAGAUAAUGGUGCCAUUUGCAAUCUUGUCUGUGACAUUGGGUUUGAUCAAUCUUAGGUUAGGAGUACCAAAGUCUGCACUCUUUUCCAUGGUACUAUCUGUAUCGGAUAUCCUGUCACUCAACUUCUUUUAUCUAGUCGUUGAUGAAGGCAGUUGGUUGGAUAUUGGAACUGGUAUAAGUCACUAUUGCAUUUCCAGUUUGCUCUGUUUGUUCAUGAUUUUACUGGAGUACUUGAGUGGAGUGCUUGUGAGCGGCAUUCAAAUCAAGUCCGUUGAGUCGAUAAAAGCGACAAAGACAAAAUCAAAAUAA